AUGGAGUAUAGAUGGCGCUUUCAUCGAAUAUUCCAAACUCCAAACGCAUCUCUUCAUGACGUAGAAGAGUACCGGUGUAUGUUCUUUGAUUUUGCGUUUUUAAAUUAGAUCCAAAAAGGACAUAAACUGAAAUUAUAACAAUGACGGCAUUCGAAGAAAUGGGUGUUUUACCCGAAAUUGCGAAAGCAGUUGACGAAAUGGAGUGGACAUUGCCAACUGAUGUUCAAGCUGAGGCAGUUCCACUAAUUUUGGGUGGUGGAGAUGUGUUAAUGGCUGCAGAAACUGGCAGUGGAAAAACUGGCGCCUUUUGUCUACCAGUUUUGCAAAUUGUCUGGGAAACUUUUAAGGAUCUAGAGUCUGGUAAAACGGGCAAGACCUCGAGCAAUAAUGGACAUCAGCAACAUUCUUCACAUUGGUUGUUAAGUUUAUUUGAUAGAGGUAGAGCAUUAGCUGUGACUCCGGAUGGUUUGCGAUGCCAGAGUCGUGAACAGAAAGAAUGGCAUGGCUGUAGAGCAAACAAAGGAAUUCAUGGAAAAGACAAAUACUUCUUUGAAGCUAUAGUAACUGAUGAAGGAUUAUGUCGUGUAGGCUGGUCUACAUCUCAAGCUUCACUGGAUUUAGGAACAGAUAAAUUUGGUUUUGGAUAUGGUGGUACUGGCAAAAAAUCAAAUGCAAAACAAUUUGACAAUUAUGGAAAGGCUUUUGGAAUGCAUGAUGUUGUUGGAUGUCUUCUGAAUUUAUCAAAGGGUGAAAUUAGCUUUACAUUGAAUGGUGUGGAUCUGGGUCCAGCAUUUACUCUGAAUGCACAACAAAAAUCACAGACUUUUUACCCAGCUGUAGUAUUGAAAAAUGCAGAAAUGUCAUUCAAUUUUGGAGCACAGCCAUUUAAGUAUCCCCCUCCAAAUGAUUAUAUAGCUGUUGCUUCAGCUCCUAAGGAAGUUAUAAAUGAGAAUCCUAUAAACAGUAGCCAAACUCAUAAGGAAAAUGGCAAGCCUAAAUGCAAUGCCCCUCAAGCUAUAAUCAUGGAACCUUCGAGAGAACUUGCUGAACAAACAUAUAAUCAAAUUCAAAAAUUUAAAAAACAUUUGAAAGAUCCAGUCAUUAGAGAAUUGUUAGUUAUUGGAGGAGUUAGCGUAAAAGAACAAAUUGCUACAUUAAAUUCUGGUGUGGAUAUAGUAGUUGGAACACCAGGCCGUUUAGAAGAUUUAAUACAAGGUGGCUACUUGUCCUUAACACAUUGCAGGUUUUUCAUUUUGGAUGAAGCCGAUGGUUUAUUGAAACAAGGCUACACGGAAUUAAUCGAUCGUUUGCACAGACAGAUACCAAAAAUUACAUCAGAUGGGAAAAGAUUACAAAUGAUCGUUUGUUCUGCCACACUGCAUGCAUUUGAAGUUAAAAAAAUGGCGGAACGUUUGAUGCACUUUCCAACGUGGGUAGACUUGAAAGGUGAAGAUGCAGUUCCCGAAACAGUACACCAUGUUGUUGUAAUAAUCGAUCCACAGAAAGAUAAAUCUUGGCAUAACUUAAGGAAACAUAUAGAAACUGACGGUAUUCAUAGCAGGGAUAACAUAAGACCUGGAAAUAACAAUCCUGAGACACUCUCAGAGGCUGUGAAAAUACUAAAAGGUGAAUACUGUAUUCGUGCCAUUAAAGAACACAACAUGGACAGAGCUAUAAUUUUCUGUAGAACUAAAUUAGACUGCGAUAACUUGGAACGAUAUUUGAAACAAUCUGGUGGAAACCAAUUUUCAUGCGUAUGUCUCCAUGGUGAUAGAAAGCCUGCGGAACGCAAAUCUAAUUUAGAGAAGUUCAAAAGGCAGGAAGUAAAGUUCUUGAUUUGUACCGAUGUCGCAGCUAGAGGUUUAGAUAUUUCGGGAUUACCUUUUAUGAUUAAUAUGACCCUACCUGACGAGAAAUCCAACUACGUACAUCGCAUAGGUAGAGUCGGUAGAGCUGAACGAAUGGGUCUAGCAAUUUCAUUAGUUAGUAAAGUUCCUGAAAAAGUAUGGUAUCACGGCGAAUGGUGUCCUUCUCGUGGAAGAAACUGUUACAAUACUAAUCUUACUGAUAAGGGUGGUUGUUGCAUUUGGUACAACGAACCGAACUACUUGGCUGAAAUUGAGGAUCAUUUAAAUGUCACGAUUCAACAAGUCGAUGCAGAUAUAAAAGUUCCAUUAAAUGAUUUCGAUGGGAAAGUUGUAUACGGAGAAAAGAAAGCAGCCAUGGGUUCGAAUUACCAAAAUCAUGUACAGCAAAUGGCGCCCUACGUGAACGAAUUAUCUUCUUUGGAAUCAAAAACACAACUUUUAUAUUUGAAGAGGCAUAUGAUAAAAACGAGCUAAAAUACUUUUAAAUGCUAAUACGUAAUCAUAUGAGAAUCUACGUUUACUAAGUUUCUCUACCUUUGAAUAUUAUAUUUCAAUAUGCUAUACUAGUGUUUGAAUAGUCUCCUAAUAUUUAUAAACGUAGUGUACUUCUAAAUGUAAUAUAUAAAUUUGUUACAAGUAAUAUAACAUCUUAGUUCUCGUAACAA